GCGUCCUGGGAGGACCCUUCGAUCCUUCAGGUCCUCGCAGAGCCUUCGUUGGUACGAGCGGUUGAGGAGAUCCAUGAGAACCGGGACAACCUCGGAAAGUACAAGGAGGUCAAUGAGGUCGUCCUUGCAGUUCGCAAGGUCGAUUCUUUGACUGGCCUGACGGGCGAAGAGGUCCCAUCCCUUCCUGAGGUACCGGCGCAGAUCACUCCCGGCUACUUCGACGUUGAGGACUGGGACCAGCUGCGAUGGUACGAGAAGGACUGGCGCAUCGGCCGCCGUCUCCAGGAAAAGGGCUUCUGUAUCCUCAAGGGCAGCCUCAGCAGCGACGAGCGGCAACGUGCGGUGGCGCAGGCUGACGAGCUACGUCGAAGAGGCGGCUUCGAGAGGCUUCCCCGCGAGGUCAUCAGCGGCUACUUCGGCGAGGGGUCC